UGACUUCUUUUCGCUGCGGUUUAUACAGCUUUAGCUGCCGCUCUCUCUCACCAACUUAGCCAAGUAUUGCUCUACACAACACAAAUUUGUACGCUGUACGAUUGUGAACGCGAAGUGAAGACGACGUAAUUUAAAAAACGUUAGAAAAAUAAUAUAAGAGCAAAAAAGAAUACAAAAAAUUAAGAUAAAAAAGAAAAAUUCUUUUUCUUAUUCCUCGUUUUUUUAUAUUAUAUAAAAAUUUGUAAGAAACAAAAAUCCAGUUUUUCUACAAUCAAAAAAUUUAAAUUAAACAAAAAUAAGUGUUUCUUCUCGAGAAAAUCCUAAGUAAAUUGUUAACAAGAAUCAAAUAAAAUAAAUAUUUCAGUGCUAAAGCGCCAACUAAACGCAAUCCAUAAAAUAGUAGGAAAUAUAAAAAAGUAAAAAUAUUUCACCCAAGAAAAAUUACAAAAUCUUUUAGGGCGAAUUCGAAUUGAAAAAGAAAAUGUGAAAAAAAAAGAAAAAUUUCCAACAAGAAUUUUUUUUUAAUUGUGUGAAUAAAUUUUUAAUCGAAAACGAAGAUUUAUUAAAUCGGAAAAAUAAAGAAAAAUAUACCACGUAAAAAAGGUUCAUUUUAACCUUUUUACAUUUUUAUUAACAAAAAUAUUCUGACAUCAUAUGUAACACGAAGUGUAAAAGCAUUAAAAGUGCAAAAGCUACAUCAAAGGAAAGAUCGCAAGAGAACCAGCAACAACACAAAAGCAAAAGGGUGUCCGCGAAAGACAGCGAAGAUAAAAGCCAAGAAGAGAAAACAAAAAAAAAACUUCCCCAACAAACUGAAAAACCAAAACCAACAACACUGACAUAUCUCUUCUAAAAUACGCGGCGAAAAAGCACAAAACAAAGAAACAAAAAGUUUUCCGAGUUGUUCAUUUUUAUUAUCAAAAAAAAAACAACAAACUAAUCGUGAAGAAAAACCACAACAUAACCUGAAGAAAAAAGAGGAAGGGAGAUAAAAACGUGGUUCAGUUCACUCAUCUGGUUGGUCAUCGUGUGAGGGAAUUUUCAUAUCCAUACAUACAUAUAUAUUAUACAAACAAAAACAAACAGUCUUUUUGUUUUCCUUUCUCUGCAAUUCGCCUUCGACAUCAACAUCGCCGCUGUUCCCGUUGCCUUUGCCGUAUUCCACCCGUACACCGUAGCGUAGUAGACAAGUGUUUAUGUGCCGUUGCUUCUCGUUUUCAUAUUCAACGUAACGUACCUACCUAUAAACGUCAUCGUUAAGUGCGACGAGAGUGGUGAAUAGAGAAAAAAUAUGAUGAGUUGAAUGCUUCCCUUUUGUUGUUUUGUCCCUUUCUUUUUACUUUGGGGGGGAAAAUAAAAUAAAAGAAAACAACGGUAUAUAUUUCUCUCCAAACAAAAUAAAAUCAAAACGUAAAAGUAAAUAUUAAACGCACCAGAAAGAAAGAAAACUAAAAACAUACAUUACCAUGUAAAAUGUUAGGUUAGGGAUUUUUUCCUCUCUCUCACCGAAGAACACACGAAUGUGUAAAUGCGCGCGAAAAAGGAAAGAAAGAAAAAAAAAUUAUUGAAAAAUCAAAGCAAAACAAAAGUAAUAAACUCAAAAAUAAAUAAAAGAAAAAAAGUAUACAAAGGCCAAGGAACCUUAAAAAAAAGAAAAUCACAAACAAAAAUAUGAAUAACUGUGAAAUCACAGGAGGCAGCAAUAGCAGCAGCAGCGAUAUUGAACAACACGAAAAUCAAACGACAACAAUAGCUCUUUCUGAAGCCAACACAGCUCUGACUUUAGAGGAUUCCAUAAAUUCAACAACAUCAACAACAACGACAGGAGAAUUAUUUUAUACAAGUAACACCAACAACAAUAAUAACAAUAAAUCUAAUGAAAAUCUAGAAAUUGAUACAAAAUGCGCAGGAAAGACGAGCGACGAAACACCUGCUGCUGCUACCGCCGUAACGUCUAUUGUAGCCGCUAGUUCACUAGUUCCCCGCACAUUAGCAGCAACUACAACAACGGUUAGUUAUGCGGCUAUAACUGCAAUGGACACAGCCUCGGCAACUGCAUUGGUUUGUGCUCAGACUCAGAAGCAGACAGAAGCUAAUCCUCUUCCUCCUCCUCCUUCAUCUGAAUGUGAUAAAAACUCAACAAUAAUUUGUGAUAAAAAUUUAACAAAACUACAAGAAACAAAACCAGUAAUUGACUCAGUUUUAGCAGCGGUAGCGAUAGCGUCAGCAGCUGAGAAACCAUCAGAUUUAAAAUGUUUAGAAGUACUCUCAGGUGAGGGCAAUAAAGACAAUAGCAACAUCAACCAGAAUCAAAACCAAAACCACCACGACGACGAAGGGGUUAAGGAGACGCAGGAGGUCAGUGUAUUAUCAUCAUCCCCAGCUUUGUUAGCGUCACCAUUGUUGUUGAUAGAAAAAGAAAACAAAGAAGAAGGAAAAUCGCCCGUAGCAGUGAGUAUCUCAACAAUGUCACCACCGCCGCCUUCAACAGCGUCGUCGCUAGUGAAUACUCUUAGUGGGAGUAAGUCGGGCAUUAAUAAUUGUUUUGAUAUUGUGACGACUACGACAGCGGCAGUAACAACAAAAGCAAGUCCAACUCUUUCUGUUCAAGUCGGUGUCGCUGUCACUGACAAAAAUUCAAUUCUGCUACAAGCACAAAAUAAGAUCGACAACAAUCAUUUACUUCAUCAUCAUCAUCACCAUCCCCAUCCUCACCCCUUGACGACAACGGCAAGUGCACCAAUUUUAAUGCAAUCCACUGACUUCAGCCGUUCGGAUUCAACAACAACGAAACUUUCAACAGUCUUAGGGACGACAACGAGUAUGGGUCUUAAUGCUGGUGCAAUGAUAACAAGGCGUGUUUCAUUUCCGAAAAGCGAUGAAGCUCUAGUUACGGGUUAUUUAGAACCGGCUAAUCCGUGGGAGCAUGUUUGCAUGGUGAAAAGUAUCUCUGAAAUAGCUGAACUUUAUGUCCAAUCCUGCAAUAAACACAAUACAACACCGAUUCCAUCAGUUUUAGAACAUUUGAAAUUGAUUGAACUGGAUAAAUCAAUUCGCCAGCCAUGUUUAUUAUUAAAAAACAUCAAACUUAUGCCUGCCGAUUGUGAAGCCCUCGAGGAGAUAUUUAAAAGGGUUCAAUAUAAAUCCAUUGAUGUCUCAUCUUGUGAUCUGAAUGAAGCUGCCGCUAGUGCCCUAUUCGAUAUGUUUGAAUAUUAUGAAGUAACAAAUGAAUUGGAUAUAUCUUCGAAUGCAGAUGGCAUGACUCCACGUGGCUGGACAUCUUGCAUCUAUAUGGUUAGUCAUAGUAGAGCAUUACAAGUAUUAAAUGCUCAGGGUAAUCCAUUGUCAAAAAAUUGUGCCGAUAGUUUGGGUAGUGCAUUAAAUUCAUCAAAUUUGCAUACAAUUAAAUUAGAACACUGCGGACUGAGGGGUCAUCCAUUGGACUCGUUAUGUACAAAAUUACGUAAUAAUCAGAUUUUAAAAGAGCUAUGGCUUGCGUACAAUGAUCUCACAUGCACGGAUGCUGAUAAAAUAGCACAAUUACUCAGAACAAAUCACUUUUUACAGUUAAUUGAUAUAAGCAAUAACAAUAUAAAGGAUGAAGGCUUAAUGAAAAUAGUCAAAGCCCUUAUCGAACAGUCCACUGAGCUAGAACGUCAGAAAAUUGCUGCUGCUGCAAUCGCCUAUGCUUUAGCAGAAGCUGAACACAAAAAACGGCAACAGCUUGCGAAUAGCGGCAACACCAACAGCGGCAACAAAAGUGGCACAAACACAAAUAAUUCCACCACCACUACAUCAUCUCAAACAACAUUAACAACAAGUGGUUCAAAUGGAAUGGGCACAAGUACCGAUGACGAAAUGACAAGUGGCGAUAGUGAUGCUAGUCCCGCCGAAGAAGAUGACGACGAUGAUGAUGACGAUGAUGACGAAGCCGAUGAUGCUGAUGUAGACACAGAUGCCAAUGAUGCCGAAGAUGAUGAUGCAACGACCACAGAAGACGAUGGUGGUGGAUCAAGAGUUGAAGACGAUGAUGACGAUGAAGAUACAGUUAAAACAUCGACAGUUAAAACAACGCCACCUAUGAAUGGACAAUCGAAAUUAGAUAAACUUUUGUCCAUGAAUAAUAGUGAUAGCAGCGAAGAAGCCCCAACCGACACUGUGGCUGCUUCGGAUAUCAGUGUAAGUGAUGAUAUUUUUGACAGUACAAACGUGGCUCCGCCGCCGUUGUUAGUUUCAUCGACACCAAUUGCGGAACCAACUCUAGAUCAACCAGCGUCGAACAAUAAUAAUAAUACAGCGGCGGCGGUUCUUUUUGAAGUUCAUGAGUUGAUCGAUGACACUGGCUUAGCCAAGGGUGCUAUUCCCACCAAAGCAUUGGAUGUAAAUAAAAACUCAACGAAGGUGGACGAUUUUGACGACACCCAUAGUACAGAUUCGGCUUUCGAGAGCUCAUCAGACGGUGAUAUAAGUAGACACUUGCCAGAUGAAUUUGUAGACAGAUUUGAUGGCAAGGACGAAGUAGAAACGGCCACCAUAGCCACAGAAGCUUUAACCACACCCACACCAACACCCACCCCGCCUCCUCCACCAUUGUCAACUUCCAUGGAAAUGGCACCCCCACCACCACCGCCACAAAUAACCCAAACAACAACACCAAAACCAAUCGAAGUCGCACCUCUGAGACAAAUGGCAGCAUCGGUAUCCCCAAAUACCAGCUGCGAAAGUUCCAGCGGUGGUGAUAUAUCAGCGCUGAAGAAUGCUGCCCUAACCGGCACUAGUCCCUCACCAGCGCCGGGGAUGCGCCGCACCGAAUCCACUUGCACCAUAACUCAGUCAACUCGUGUCCGAUCGCACAGUUCGGACUCUCUGAGCAGUGAUAAUUCGCUAGAUGGCAGCAUUAGUGAUAACGCUAGCGGGAAUUUCUCAACCCGAAUCAACGAGAAACUUACCAAAAACGACACCCUAACCAGACAAAAGCAAUUUGAUGUGCCUGUAGAUAAUAGUAAGACACCGCACGGCCUUAAAGCAUUAGCCCUGUGGAACAAUAACCUGACCAAAGAAGCAGGUCCCCUCAUAUCCGAUUUGCUAGCAACUACCGUAUCACUGGAAUUGCUAAAUAUUGGAAAGAAUAUCCUAUCAAACGACUUUGUGGCUGCGAUUCGUGAUAGUUUGUCAAAAAAUACAACUCUUACAACUUUGGGAUUACAGAGCGCACACUUAAGUUGUGCUGGCAUCCGUACCCUAUCGUCGAUAUUACAAUUUGGUGGCAAUAGUACAUUGCAUCGAAUCGACAUCCGUGAUAACAAAAUUGAAGUGGAAAGUUUAAAUAUGCUGGCAGAGGCACUCAAGUCCAAUACAACUGUAACACAAAUUGACAUCGAUGACGAACCAAAGAGGCUAUCGUUUGAGAGGGUAUGGAAAAAAUCACCAUUCCGUUCGCAUCGAGCGAUUGGCAGUGAUGCUCAACUCGAUUAUGCACGUGUUUUAGAAAAUGUCCGUUCACUAUGUGCACGCAAUGAAAACCAACCAUUAGCUGCAGCAGCAUUAGCCACUGAUAAGUCCGCAGCAGCAGUAUUAGCAGGAAAACGACACGGUGGCUACUACCUGGGCUCCCGCAAAAUCUCCUUAACUUGCCAUAGCGCUCCGCCAAGAUCAGCAAUUGUUGAUCAGGCAACAUCAUCAUCUGCGUCAUCAUCAUCAACAGCAACAACAACAACUAAUACUACCCCAACAAGCAGCAAACUUGAGGUGAAAAAGAAAACCGGUGUUCGUCUGCGAUCUCCUAUCCCAAGUCCACCCACAAUAUCACCGUCGUCGUCCCCAGUGCCAAGUCCUUCGAAAAGUCGUUUUCAAGUCUUCCGUGUGUCGGAAGUCAGUCCACUAACAUCACCAAUGACCCCGUCCCCAUCACCAUCCCCCACGCCUUCACCGACACCAUUAAGUACGGCUUCUGGUGUCAUCAUCAAUUCCAAAGAUUCCACAACAACAAUUAAGAGGCUCUCAACAUCGCCACGUUCUAGGUUCCAAGUGAUGAAGAUCUAUGAAGAUCCAGGUGUGCCGAUUGCACAUCGAACAUUGCCACCGAUAACACCAUCGCCAUCACCACCAACAGCGCCUAGCAUAACAAGGCCGGCGCCCUUAACUCCACCAUCUUCCUUGUCAAAUUCAACGACAUCCGAAUCAACAACAACAGCAGCAACAACAACAACAUCAACGGUGUCAUCUCCAUCAUGGACAUUUGAGGAGCAAAAAAUCAUUACAACACCUGCAACGCCACCUAUUCAAGAUAUUGCAAUAGCAGAGCCAUCAUUCAAUCAUGAUAUCUCUGCUGCUUCUGCUGCACCAAUCCCAACCCCAACAGCAACAACCACAACAACACUUAUUACAAAUAAUUCAGCUACAAAUACCAAAUCAAAUCCAAAUUCAAUAGAUGUAAAUAAUAGUACAAAUAAUACCGUUAAACCAAAUGAUCAAGUGGAUGCAUCAGCGAGUGUUGAUAGUUCAACACCGCCAGUUCAAAUUCCAUCAUCGUACCAUCAAGAAGAUGAAGAAUCAACAAAAUGUCAAACACACCUCUGUCCUCCACCAUUGCCAGUUGUGGAGGAUGAUCAACGAACUCUCACUAAUAGUCCUGAUGUAAAUAUCGUCGAUUCCAUAGGAAUAACCGCAACUUCAUGUUCAAGUGCACAAUCCGAAUUAAAAAUCACCACAGAAACUGUAGCAGUUUCAGAAACAGAAACAGAAUCAACAUUACAAUCUUCAAACGACCCACAAGCUGUUUCAAACCUAUCUCAAGAUCUGCAAUCACAACCCGCCGCCACAUCAGCAGCUUCCCCAGCUUCUGGUAGAACAAGAAAAAAUUCGUGGAUACCAAAUUCCACAUAUCCUGGAACAGUAGAUCGUCUAUUGAGCAUGUUCCAAAAUCCGACCCAUUUAUUCCAUCGAAGUUCCUCGCCAGAUACAACGAUCCCAAUCAGUCAAGAAGAUCGAGGGACACCGCCGCCGCCGCUACCACCAUCCGAAGAAGACCUACAGCAGUCACUUGUUCCUGUGCGAAGGCGGACUCCACCGGCUGGUAAUCAAUUUCCAUGGUGCAAAUUAGGAACAGAAAUGUGUAAGCCCGUCACAACAGUCAUGCAGAGCGCUGCGGCAGUAUCUAGUGGCUAUGUGGCUUGUGGACCACCAACAACUGCGGUCGUAGCCUCAGUUGAAAGUCCACGAUCUUUUUUCGAUGCUGCUUCCAAGCAGCUGCGUGACUUUAGCAAACAAGUAUUUCGCCAGAACAUCGCCUUUGGCAAUGAGGCGACCAACGUCAACCAGGAGCAGCAGCAGCAAUUGCAACUGCAACUGACCCAACAGCAAAUGCUCCAACAUGACUGUGAUACAAUACCGAGUGAUAUGAAGUUGGAAAUAAAGGAGAACAUAUCUCCGGAGCAUACAAUCAACGAGGAGCAAUUGCAUUCGCUUCAGAAGAUUGGCGGAAGCCCAGGCAGCAGCAGCACUUGCAGCAGUGGAACUGAAACUACCGAAGGUGCAUCCAUACCAUCGUCAUCUUCGUCGCCAUCAUCACUGCUCAGUGUACCGUUAAUAGGAAUUCCACCAACAAUACCACCAUCUUCGCCAUCAUCAACAGAAUCAACAGUUGUAGCAGUAGAAGUAGCGUCAAAGGCAAUAGCAACAACAACAUCGGGAGGAUCAACAAUACCAAUAACAACACCACCAUCACCACCACCACCAACAUCAUCCUCCCAACCACAAAAACAUGUUCUAAAUGAAGAACAAUCUUGUAAUUCCUGAUGCCAAGGGUGGUGAGUAAAAACAUAAAAUUAAAAACAAAAAUUAUUUUGAAACUUAUUUUUAUAUUAUUUAAAAACAACAAAUUAAGAAAAAAUACAAAACUUAAAACAUAAAUAUUGUUUAGAAAACUUUAAAUUUUAAGAAAAAAAUAAACACAAACAAAUUAUUGUACAAGAGUACUUAGUAGACGUAUUGCUUCAAUGCAACAAGAAAAACAAAAGUUAAUAAAUUAUUUUUAACUAUAAACAAGAAAAUAAAAAGAAUUUUGUAAACUUUUUAUGUUACGAAUUUUUGUUUAUUGAGAAAAAUAUAUAAACAUUUUAUUUAUUAUUAAAUUAAAAAAUGAUAAAACAAAUCAAAUGAUAAUGAUUUUUAGUAAUUUACUUAUAUGUUGUAGAAUUGUUUGGUUUUUUAUGUUAAUUAGUUGAUUCAAAAGUUUUAUUUUUAAAUGAAGAGUGAAGGUUGGUAAAAAUUCUGAAAUAUUGUUUUAAUUUAUAUAAAAAUUGAACUUAUUUGUCUCAAAGUUUGAUUUCGUUUAUUUUGUAAUUAUUAAAUUUUUAACUUUAAGAGUUGUCUAUUAGAAAAAAACGUUGUGUUUUAAAAUAAAAUAAAUUUAAUUGAAUUUCAGAUCAUUAAAAUUCGAUCAAUUAAUUUGAACAUGAUUGCAUCAUUGUUGUUUCAUAAUUCCUUUUAUUACUCAUCAUCAAUUUUCAAUUAUUUUUGACUACUUUUUGUUUGUUUAAUUCGUAAUUUUGGAAUUUUACGCUUCUAUAAUUAUAGAGUCUUACCAUACAUUGUGUUUGAGGAAAAGUUCGAUGAACAUAGGAGCACCAUUAUGAUUAAUUUAUGUUCAUCUUAUUUCACCUGGAAAUUAUUAGAUACCAGCAAAAUUUAUUUAUACCCCAACGACGCAUAAAACAAAAUUCAUUCUCUUUUUACAAUAAGGUUUAGAAUUUUUCGACUUAACUUUUCAAAAAAUGAGCAACGUUGACUUGUUUAGUUUUCACAUAAUUUGUUUGCUUAAAAUUGGAGCUUGUCUGUGAAAGAAAAAAACAUGUAUAUUGUUUGCUUUCAGGAUUAAUUGAGUAUCAGGUUAUUUUUGAACUUACCAAUUUUUUAACAUUUUUAAAUUUCACAUCCUUAGACUUGUACUUUACUUUUUCUCUUUUCUGGAAAUGGAUAAUUACAAACUUACUUUGAUCCUACUUCUUUAAGUAUUCAUUGGAUAAAGCUUUCCCAAUUUUUUCUUUGAGUUAAGUGGCGAUAAAAUUCUGUAUGUGCAAUAUUUACUAAUUAUACUACUUUUUCUAACAAUUUGAAUAAAAAAGAAGAGUAAAUCAAUUUAUAAAGUCGGAUGCAAAUUAUCAAUAAUACUGAAUAUUUUAUAUUUAUAUUUGUUUUAAGAAUUUCUUGCAUUAAGGAGUUCAAUAUAACCUGCUGGAUUACAACUGGGGCCUUGCUGAGCAAAUCCCUACACAUAAUGCUGAUCAAGAUUUUAUCCAGGUUCCAAGCGUACAUUUUAGGGCACACAGAAAUCUCUUAAAAGGGCUUUUCAGAUAACUUCUUGUUCACUUGUUUGAAUAGCUGCGUUUUAUUGCCACCAAUAAUUCAUACAGCGAUGGAAAAGAUAAUAGAAUUGCAAUUAAAAGCUUAAUUGGAAUUUAAAAAUAACUUAACGAAAAAUAUAUCAAAUGAAAAUGUUAGAGUUAAACAAAAGGAAAUAAUUAUAAAAAAUCUCGAAAUACUUCCCACUAUAAACGUAUUAAGAGUUGUAUUUUGUUUUUGUAGGAGUUAUUUUAUUUUUAAAAUUGUUGGUAAUCACAAAUACAUAGGUUAAAGUGGUUGUCCGUGAUGGAGUAGGACACACUAAGGCCCAUUUAACGACCCAUUGUAAUGAACAAAUAAAUGGUCGUUACACCUUUGUUUUUGGUAGUCGGAUCACAUUCUCUUUGGCCAAAGGAAUCGAUUCGAUGCUUAAAGUCCACAGAAAAUGUUAUCCUCUAAUUCAAAUAAUUGGCUCAGCUUCGAAGGGUGAAAGAACUACUAGCAAAAAAUAAUGGUUCUUCCACCCAAAAUCAUUAACUUUUCUUUUUAUUUGGGAUCGAUUUUAGAGUUACAUGAUCGUUUAAUAGGUUUUUUCCAUCAUAUCUAUGUUAUGUUAGGUUAAAGUGGCUGCGGAUUCAGAAUUCACACACUUAGGCCAAAAGAAAAGGCCCAUUCUGAUACCACAUGAAUUUAGAGAAUUACUUCUUACUAGUCGAACCAUUUUGAGCUUUUUAUAAAGCGAAGUAGAUAUUUGAUAUCCUUUUUAGCUAGUUCACUGGGAUUAUCAAAAGAGUAAUGAAAGAGCAGGCAAGUGCAGAGACGUUGAGAGAUUGUUUCCUCUUCUUCGUCGUCCACACAAGUCCUGCCGCAGUCAUUUGAGGCUACACCAAAUCGUAUUGCGUGUCUGUCUAUAAGACAGUGUCCCGUAAGGACACCUAUUUGGGAGCUAAUAUGAAAUCUGCUUUGAAAUAACAAGUCUUAAGAGCGCCUUAGGUCCAGUGAAGGCCAUACGAGUUUUGUGGCUGCGCAUGUGAGUAAAUUGUGCCACCUAGAGUUUGUUAUCGCAAAAGCUGUUUCUUUUAGCAGAAGUUUACAUGUAGCUAUCGGUGUAUCUUCUUCCUUUCAUGUGAAAUAGGCAUGACGCAGCGGUUCCAUUUUUAUCGAGUCCAUCGGAUCUACAAUUUCCUAAACUAAACUAAACAAAUCAUAUUUAUCCAACCAAAAACACGUUUUCGAUAAUAAAACGCAGCUUAUACUGUCAGGAAUAUUGGUCUCUGUUUCAUUCAAUUAGGGAAAAUGUUUUUCAAUUUGGAACGGGAUUGAGUUUUGAAAUAAGAUACAAAAAAAGGCACAAGAUGAGUCGGUAUUUUGAUUGAUAUUGUGAAACCUUUUAUAAGGUAUCCCACUUGAAGCUAGCAAUUUGUCUUAAAUGUAUCGAUAUUUAAAAACAAUAAAAGUGACUAAGCCCUUGAUUUCAUAGUGGUUUUGUCGUGUAAGCACAAAAUUGAUACUUUUCUGAUAUGUUCCUAUAGGUUUCAUAACGAAAACCAAAUUUAUUUGUGCGAAAUGUAAUUGACAUCAACCGGAACAAAGGGUUAAGACCCGCCAACCUCAACAAUUUUGCUAGUUAAAUGUAUGCUCCUGGGACCUAAAACUAAGAACUUUGCCUGGUGGGGGUGUUUUGGGCAUACGAUUGUUGUAACUGUUAUAAUUUGAAAUGCCUUAUUUCGUUUUUCAAUUUAAAAAAAUUGCUCUUUAAAAUAGACUCUUAGGCUAGGUGCGCGCAUGCAACUUUUCCGAAAGCAAAUAGUUCGAUCGUAAGUUGCCCAAACAUCGCGCACAUAAGCAUAAAGUAAUCAACAAAUUAACCAACACACAGAAAACAUUUAUUCACCUUGACUAUUUUUUCUCUCCCAUGGACUUACAGAAAAUUAUUCAACAAUUUAGUUGAAUGUCCGCGCAGUUACCUAUAAUUCCUUGUGACACAAACUUAAAAAUCGGUUUGAGGUGAUCUUUUAGUUUGUGUCAAAACGCAAACUAACAAGUUGAUCGAAUGGGCGACAGAAUGUUUUCUGAAUGUGCGCGACUCUCAUAUAAGUCUAUAGUAGUCAGUUUAGAAACCAAACAGUUUUUGAAAAGUUGCAUGUGCGCGUCUAGAGUUAUUGUAGAUGUUCUUGCCUUUGGACAGUUAUCACUUUCAUCAAGAGUUCAGUUUUAAUAAAUUUGACUGCUAGUUGAUUUAUAUUCCAAUAAAAAAUCCCCAUUAAAAGUGAUUCUUUAGCUAUUCUUGCUCUUGGUGGAAAAAAUUAUAAUUCAUUUUUAAACGCCAUCUCUUGCUUCUUUCCCUUAAUAAAUAUUUUUCUCAAAGAAACUUAGGAAAUUAAUUAUAAUAAAGUUUGACAGAAGCAAGUGCAAAAGUGUCUCCAUAUUUCCGUUGAACAUACAAAGAGGCUCUUAGUCUCAAGAAAUAGACUAACAGUCUAGUAGGUUAACGGUUUUGACCCUUUCUCUUCUAUAUUUUCAAAACUUUGUUAAAAAAUACUUUCGAGGUUUACAUUAGUAACCAAGCAAAUACUAAUUUUCGUUAAAAAAUAAUUACAAACAACUUAAAGCUACAACAUAUGUAAUUGUAAAUCUUAAUUUAUUUUAUAUUUGAUCAACAAUUUAUUAUUAAUACUAUUAUUUAAACAAUAGAUCUCACGGCGCGACGUUUGUAAAAUAAAAUAAAAAAGCCUACUAAUAUAAUAAUAUUUGAACAAUAGUCAGUUUGCAAAUUAUAUCCUCAACAAUACAUAAAACAAACAUAUGUACAUCUUUUAAAUUGUAUAACAUACAUCGGUACAAUAUAAAAACAAAAAAAUAGACCAAACAUAGCAAAACAUUAAAAUUAAAAUUAUAUUUUUCUCUCAAAUAAGAAAAUAAUUCACUAAUCAUAAAAACAAAAAGAAAAUAACAGAAAUAUUAUGUUAACAAAACCUUAAAUUUAAACAAAAACUAAUAAAUUAAAUAACACUUAAUAUAAUAAUAAACAAAAACAAAACAAUUUUUUUUAACAAACAACUUAAAAUAUAUUUUUAAUAAGAAAAUAAAAGAAAAAACAAAUAUUUUUUACAUACCUUAUUCAAAGUUAAACAACAAUAUUUUUUACUUAAGAAAAAAGAAAAUAUUUAAUAAAAAAGUGAAACUUUUUAUAAGGACAAUAAACCUAAAGUUGUAUUGUCUGUAUUUUUUUUGUAGACGACUGCUCCCAAAUGUUGUUGUGUAAUAUUAUUAUUAUUAUUAUUAUUUUUUUUCACUAUGAUAGUGUGAUAAGAAAACAAACAAACAUAAAUACAUUAAUAACAGGAGCAGUAUUUGAAUGAAAAUAAAAAAAACAUAUAUUUAUAUUAAUAAAAUAUUUAGAAAAUGGAGAUAAAUAUUUUAAAACUAUUGGUAAACUUUAACUUAUUCAUGAGUGAACAUUUUUGAAAUAAAAAAAAAAUGAAAUUAAACAAAUCCAACAAAACAAAGAAACAAAAAAUUUAAUAUUUUAUUGUAAUGAAUUCACUUUUUAUCACUUUCGUACCUUAAUUCAAGUAUCAAUUAAAAACAUAAAAACAAACAUUAAUAUUAUUUUUGUCAUAUGUAAGUAUAUUAAGUAAAACUUUAAAGAAUAAAAAAGAAAAAGUUUAUUAAAAAAAUUACCCUAUCUUAUAGAAAACCUUAAUUUUAUAAUUUAUUAAAAAAACUAAACAAAUAAACACAAAAAUAAAUGUACAAUUUAAUUUUUUGAUUUAAAUAAACAAUUUGAAAUUAAGAAAGAAAAUCAAACUUAAACAAAAAUAUAUAAAAAUUAAAAUUAUUAUAAUUAAAAAUGAAAAUGAAAAUAUCCUACCUAUUACUACUUAAAUUAAUAAUAACAACAAAAAGAAAAAAUAAUAACAACAAAAAAAUUGAUUGUUUAGUUUAUAGUAAAACAAAAUUAACAUUACACUCAAAUUUAAGAAAGAGCUAGUUAAAAAAAUAUAGAAUGAAAAUAUUAAAAAUUACAUACACAUACCUACACAACACACUCACACAUAUACACAAAAUUAAAAUAAUAAGAAACAAAAAGUAAUGGCUAAAAAUACAAAGAAACAAAUAAUUAUUUAAAAUUUUGAUAAAAAAGAGGAGGUUACGAAUGAGCUAUUAAACACUUUCGACCUGAAAUGCAAAUAUUACUAUGAACUUCUUAGAAUCGAUACCUUAACAAAAACUAUUGAACAUUCUUAUGUUCCGAAAUCUGCACUCCUUGUAAAAAAAACCGUAUGAAACGUUUAAAUUGAAAUAACCCAAAUAAGUAGGGUAUUUCAUAUUUUAGGGUUUUUAAAUCAUGUAACCCAACCAGGUUCGAAAAGGUUAAACAAAAAGUUAAACACACGAAUUAGUAGUAAGGAAAAGUGCUCAAUUUGAGGCAGAAGAUAUAUAGUUAUUUGCUAUCUGUUUCACUUUCAACCAACCUAAGCCAAGGCAACUUAAAUCUCCUCUUUCCAUGGGAUUUCCUGCGAAUUUUGAAUGUCAAGCUGCUUGAUAUUCAAGUUCAUUCAAAACGCUUUGGGCGCACUAAAAAUAGUUUUGUAUCCAAAUGACAAUGUUUAUUUUCUCAUUUACUUUAAAGUAUUCUCAAAAGAGAUACUCACUUAGAAAUUAAAAAAAGGCGGAUUCUUUAACGAUUUUUUCCUUGCAGGUGCGUUUUUAAAGCACCGAUUAUAAAACGCUAGAACCUACAUGAAUGAUUUAUCCUUUACUUAACUUAAGUUGGCCCUACAGCGCAUCGUUCUCCUGGGCCUCAAGUAAUGGAUCGCGCCAGCUCACUCGAUCUCUAGCUAGCUGUUUUCAGUUUCAAUUACCAAGCCAAGGUGAGUUGGUUUCAACUUGAUCACUCCAACGGAGAUGAGGUUUGCCUCUGCUUCUAAUUUUCUUAGGGUUAGCGUUUAAUAAACUACAGGCUGGAGCUAGACCCUAGCCAUCUUAAUCGUUGAACAACUAGUUCUUUGAAUACAGGCAAGUACCUGUACAGCUCCUGAUUGUAUCUUCUCCUCCAGGAUGUUAUUUUGCCUGUCGAAACAAACCAUGUAUCGUCCGUAGAACUUUCCUCCUGAAGAUAUCAAGGGAUCCUUCAUGCUUCGGCACCAUACAGUAAAAAUAAGAUAAUUAAGGUUUUGAAUAAUUAGGGCACAUACAUAUAAAAUAUGGAUGCAAUCAAAUCGAUGUUUGAUUGAAAUUGUACACUUUUAAAUCACUUUCUUAGUUACUUCUGCCAUUUUUAACGCAGAUAUUAUCGAGGGAAAACUUUCUAAUUGUACGAUAUCAUGGAUUUUCCAAACAUUUACUUCGAGUCGAAUGUUCGAUUGAUAAUUCAUACUGAUGUCAUAAAUAUGACCUAAAAACUUUGCUAUUAAAUUUCAGCCUUGAAUAGAAAAAAAAACAAAAUGCUCUAAAAAAGCUUCUUAGAACUAUGAUCAAUUCGAUUCGUCCUUCAAAUUGUAUUUGUUUUAAAUCAUAUUUGUUCUCCCCAAUUAAUUACAAAUAUAAUUACAAAUAAUUUGUGUUAUCUCUUUGAUAUGUUGAAAUUCAUUCAGCUUGCAUCCUUGUUGAAUAAUUGCACUGGGUAGUCGUUGUUCAUAAAAAUAAUAACUUCUUCUAUAAAUGCUAUCACUUAUUUAUAGUUCGCCCCUAUUUUGGCAACCGAUUGGAAAAAAGUUAGUAUUUUUAGUUCUUGCUAACCGAUUCGGAGGAUAAAUAUUGAGGUAUCUCAACACAUUCAUUUGACAUUUUACAAUAAUUAAUUAUCUUACAAUUACUUAAUAAAAGAAAACUGAAAAAAGUUCCUCUAAGAUCUGUUACCCCAAAAGGGGGGAAUGAUUACCAGUUGGUGGUUUUAAUAACUGCCUCAUAUAGCUUCCAUUUUUGUGGAACAAAGGUAACAGUGGAGUCAUGUGUUGAACCUGCCUUUUUCAUAAAAGAUUUAGAAAUACUGUAAAAUCAUAGCAAGAUGAACAGAUACCCCCGAUAAAGUUAACCUUUUUUAUAUCUUUUUUUUUAGGGAAAAGCGUAUCUCAAAAAAAUAAUUCUUUGACCCUGUUUCCUAAUGGCUUCGCUGUGGAACCACAAAAUUCAUAUUUUUCUGAUAUGUUCCUAAAAGACGAAAACUUUGUGUGCAAAAUUUAAUUGACACCCUCUGGAACAUAGAGUUAAAACUCCUUUGGACUUCCUUAUGACUUAACAAAAUAUAAAUUUGUCAAAAUAGUAAAAAAUUCACCAUGAUUGACAAACCAUCAUUCAACAGAGAAAGAGCGAGGGCAAAAUCGUAUUUUGUAUGUUUUUUUUUCAUUUAUUUUAUUUGAUUUUAAUCUUAAACAGAGCCUGAGCACAAUGAAUAAGUUCUGAGCAGAGUUUAAUCAGAGCUCUCCCACUUGUGAAACACACUGGAGAAAUAAACUGUCGAUAGCUUAAGAAUUUCACAAAAGUGAAGACAGCCAAGAUUAGCUAUUCCAUCAGCUAGGUUAUUUUAUUCAGAGCUCUUAAAAUGCGCUCCAAUCUGGCUCUGACUGAAAAAUAAAACACAUACACGAACAAACAGAAUUGCAAUUACAAUACAGUUAUCAAAGCUCGUCAAAGCUCGACAAAAUAGAUCUUACGAUAUUAACGAUCUAAACCGAGCACAAAAAAAUAGGUUUAACAUUUCAGAUUGCCCUAUAAGAGACCAUUGUUUCUAAUGAGGUUAAAAUUUUUGUGAAAUUGACUAAGUAAAUGCUAUGGACACUUAUUAAUAAACGAUACAUGUUAUGAAUAUUCAGGAAACUAAUCAACUUUCAGUGCUCGGUAUGUGCAUCACAGAUCACAUCUUAUGUAAUGAUCACAUUUUCGAGGCUGCCAAAAAUGAUGGUAGAUGCUUAAUAUUCCUCCGACGGUAUACAAAAUGUUUCACACUUUCUGACCUGGCUGUUAUUUACAAACCCUUCAUUCGUCCAAAGCAAAGCUUGAAUAAAACUAACAUAUUUGGUGCCCCAAAAACAUAUUAAAAUAUUAAAGUCGACUCAAAACAAUAAACCAUUUUCGGUUCGAACUCAAAACAAAUGGACUUCAAUAUAUGGUAGAUUUUCCCAAACUUUAAAGUCCACACUAAAUUUGAAUAUUUGUAGGGCCCAAUAUGUCAAAGUCGGCAUGACCGAACCCAUGAUUUUGGUUUAAAAAAUGUAGAAAAUGUAUAUUUUGAAAAUGUAUUUUAUAAUGGCAUUCAAAUUGUAUGUAGCUAAGUUCAUAUACGAUACAAAGCUGGAAAUCCUAGCCCUUUAAAAUGAGGCCCUCUGCAUAAAAGGGAUCUCGUUAUUAGCACGUUUAUUCUGCAACGAAUCCUUUCCACUUUUCAACUGUUGCUUUGUUCAGAAGUUUCCUAUGCAGAUUAAUUAAAUGUUAUAAGGAUAAAUAAUUUUUGUCGAUGUGUUCAAAUCUAUGCUCAUCAAACCAUGAACCUCAAAUUGUUAA